AACGAAGCUCCGCCCACGAUUUUUACUAUCAAUUGUGCAGUAAAAAUGGAGUUUUGCUGCUCUAAUCUUUAGCUCAAAUUCCGGAGUGUCAAACCUUAGUUUAAGUGUUUACUUUUUAGUGCAGUAGUUAGUUCAAAGCUAUAUGCAGGCACUACCGUUAGCGCCUAACAGUGGGAUCAAUGAAAAGUAAGUUAUUAGCCUUUACAUGCAAAAUAUUAAGCUUAAAAAGUACUUUAUUUAGAAAAUCUCACCUUUAGCUGAUCCCACUGUUAGGCGCUAACGGUAGUGCCUGCAUAUAGCUUUGAACUAACUACUGCACUAAAAAGUAAACACUUAAACUAAGGUUUGACACUCCGGAAUUUGAGCUAAAGAUUAGAGCAGCAAAACUCCAUUUUUACUGCACAAUUGAUAGUAAAAAUCGUGGGCAGAGCUUCGUUUUCCCUGAAUCAACAAUAAUUGCUGGUCCCAGUCCUUAAUGUACCUGAGUAGCAAGUACGAUAAUAUUUCUCAGUAAUUGCUAAAUAAUUAGGCAUGUUGAUACAGGAUGUUGAUACAGAAUGUAGAUUAAAUAGGCAUAACCAACAAUGGGGUAGCUAGUAUAUGCCAUUCCCUCUAAGCACUAAUCGACGACUUUCGGUAAACAUGCAAGUCUCAAAUUUUAUUCUGCUAUUAACUGUUGUCACCACUGUCACAGCACAAUCAGAAUGUUUAGACGAACAACUUCGUCUUCCUGAAGUAACAGACACACUUCUUGAGUACUGUCACCAUGGAGAAUGGAGAUGGAUUUGUCACGAUGAAAGUCAGUGGAACUUUGAGAGAUCAGAAGCUACUUGUGUACAAUUGGGAUACUCAAAUGAACGUGCAUUUGGACAAGCGACUGUGGAUUCUCAGAAUGGUUCAAGAAGAGUAGUCACUCUGAGUGACUGCAAUGGACCUGGACUAGCGGAGUGUAUGGUGACACCCAGUGACAGCUGUAACUCUCUUGUGCAACUAAUAUGUAACAUGGCUGCCUGUGUUAAUAGCGAUACAAGACUGGUGGGUGGAUCCACUGACAGAGAGGGACGAGUGGAGGUGUGUGAUAACAGUCGAUGGAGGACAGUUUGCACUGGCAAUCAAGACUUGCCAGUUCUGGCAGGAGGUGUUUGUUCACGAAUAGGAAUUCAAAGUUUAGUGUUAGAAGGAAGCACUGUGGCAGUAACUAACUCAUUUCCUCCUGGAGCAUUUCCAGAGCACAGCCUGGAGUGCAUGCAUCAAACCAAUGGAGAUUUGCGCUGUAGUCUAGUUAAAAAAAAAUGUGACAGUUUUGUGGAGCUUGAAGUUGUUUGUAAAAACUAUGAAGAUUUACGCAAUGAAUGUUCUAGGAAUAGUACACUCUCUACAUUGUCAACUAGCGUACAUGCAACUACACAGUUACCUAAUACAACAUGCACCCCUGACUCUACACGUGCUAACAAUUCCACCACCUUCAUUGCUGUCAUUGUGUACUGGUGGCUCUGUUACUAGUCGUAUCAGUUGGUUGGAUAGUGUCCUGUGUUAUUCUGCUCAGGAGAGGACAGACUGUGCAUAAACAACAGUGAUUGGCCCUAAACACACACCUCAUGUUUACCCAUACUAAUGUGUUGUUCCUACUAAAUGUUGUUUACUGCUAUUCCCACACAGUGUUGAUGCAGGUACUAUCUCAACAAGGAGCAAUCAGAGCUACACACAACAAGACAUCAACACACAGCUCUACGCUGAGGCCACACCUCCUGAUACAACCUACAGUAGGCUGAACAGAGGGGAUAAAAAGACGGAGGAAAUUGCUACCUACGAUUACGCUGAUCCUAACCAGAUAAGAGUAGAGCGUUCCCAAGCAACCAACCCACAACCAGUGAGUGGUGAAGCUAUCGUGAGAGAAGAGGAGUUCUACAUUGCUGAGGAUCACACGUACGCAGCUGUCAAUAAGAAAACCAAGAAGAAAAAGAA